AAAAUAGGGGUCCCUCAUAUUUCAUCUUGGUUGCAUUGUUUUCUCAGGAAAAAACUUCUAUAUAAACCCUAUAGUGGUGAAAGCAAGCACCACCAACUCUUCAGUGCAUACUCUCUUUGUUGCUUAUGCGCUCUUUCUCUCUCACUCUUUUCUUGUGCAUUGCUUCUGUUGCUUUCAUGGCUGCUUCCGUUGAUCCCCUUGUGGUUGGUCGGGUUAUUGGUGAUGUGGUGGACAUGUUUAUCCCUUCAGUGAACAUGUCUUUGUACUUUGGCUCCAAGCAUGUCACCAAUGGCUGUGACAUCAAACCCUCCAUAGCAAUUAGCCCUCCCAAGAUCACUCUCACAGGGAAUAUGGAUAACCUUUAUACCCUGGUUAUGACCGAUCCCGAUGCACCAAGCCCCAGUGAACCAAGCAUGCGGGAGUUGAUUCAUUGGAUCGUGGUCAACAUACCUGGAGGCACCAACCCCACAAGGGGUAAAGAGAUUUUACCCUACUUGGGACCAAAGCCACCGGUAGGGAUCCACCGCUUCAUCUUUGUUCUGUUUCAGCAAAAGGGACCUUUGGCUGCUGUGGAGCAGCCAACAACUCGUGCGGGUUUCAACACUCGCUACUUCGCCAGCCAAUUGGACUUGGGCCUUCCUGUGGCCACUGUCUAUUUCAAUGCUCAGAAAGAGCCUAAGAGGCGUUGAAUCCAAGCAUGCAUGCGUGCAUGCUUCGUUUGUCGAGUAAAUCCAAGCAAUCUAUAAUGUCGAGUGUCGGUUUAUGCAAUCUAUAAUGUCUAGUGUCGGUUUAUAAUAAGAGAGACUUGUAUAGUUAUAUAGCUGCUUAGGGUUAGGGUUUAUUUGGUCUCGGCCAUUUCAUCUCUGCCUUUGAUAUCUUUUUUCUAUAUCUAUGUCUCUCCCGUCUUUGGAUUUCUCAAAGUCUUUGGAUUUCUCAAAUAUAUCAAAAUUUCAUCUAUGUUA